AUGUCUGGUACCGCCAAAUCGCCCAUGAACAGCGCUCCGUGGAGCGCGCUCGGGAGCGCUAGCACUGCCGUUGCUGCCCCUUUAUUGCAUGGAAGUGAGUCGAACAAAGCGACGCCGCCCGCACAAGGCACCAUGGUUACGCAAUCCGCCGCCGCAGAUGAGAAUGACUCCUUUGACCAAGAUGAUGAGGACGACGAGCUCGAUGACUUCAUCGCGUCCGACGACCUUGAUGACAGCAACACGGGUUUGACCGAAACGGCAAGUACGCUAAAUAUCGGUGAAGCUACAAUCGCAGGCUCUGCAAAGCCGUCUCAGCCAUCAACAACCAGUACAAACGCGCCUGAUCCCCCGACCACAAUGCAAGGUUCCUCAUCUGCUACGGUCGGACCGAUACAUCAUGUCUUCGGCGGCAUGCCUCAAGCGGCGCCUGUCGGCACCGAGGCCAACGUCACAGCCUUCCCUCCGACGGCAUACAAGUUGUCUACCCCGGGGGAUAUCUUGAACUCUCUACCUCCUCCUGGGGACUCUCAAUCGCCAACAUCCGGCGCAAAUCCGCCUACUCCUCCGACCGCGCUGCAAGGCAACACACCCAUACCUCCACUGCCCGCAGGCUUACCAGCUCUCUUCAGCCAAUUGAUGAAUGAAAUGGCUGUCGCUAGCGGCGCCGACUCCACAGGUCUACUCCCUAUGCCGUAUACCUUUGCCUGGGGCAAUUUUCCGUCCGCUAUGCCUCCUCCUGGCGGCUCUCAACCCCUAGCAGCCGGACUACAAGCGCCCACUUCCCAACCCGCAACGGUAGGUAGCCCAUUCGAAGUCACACCGCCUCCCGAGGUGCAAACAACAUUAGACCAGCUGAGUAACCAACUCGGCGGAGAGCUCAUAGCCCUGCAUCUUCCGGAUAUCCCGCAUGGAGUUGCCCUUCCUGACCUUGGCUUCGGGCCCCCGAUAUUUUCAAGGUUCGACGCAGUCGCCUUCGUUGGUUCCCUCGAGCAAGUAGAGCUAAGCGCCAUUGCUCCGGAAGAUAACAAGUGCCCGCACUGCUGGCUCAAGGUCCUUUCUGGGAACCUUUACUGGGUUAAAGACGCAAGGAAUACCUUUGGAGAGACUGAUUACGAUGACCCGUUGUUCGUGCCUGAGGUGCCUGAAGAUCCAAUACUGGCCGCGUUGGGAGCUCUACCAUUCGACGAGAGCAGGCCGAAUAACCACCCUGUGAGGACCCCAUGUGGGCAUCUCUUCGGUCGAAACUGCUUGAUUGAGAGCUUGGAGAAAUGCGGGUCCAGGUGUCCGAAGUGUCGGAGGAACUUCGCACCUUUCCCUCAGAGCUCGGGGUAAAAGGAGCAUGGGUCCGGGGAGAAGGCCUGGAGGACAUCUAAGAGGCUACUGGAGGGUAGUAGUAGGGUUGGGAACUGCUUGGGCGUCAUUGAGGUCAUGCCUUUAAUUUCGAGUUGGAGUUAGGCAGCACCGUCUUGAGUAUCUUUAUCUAGG